AUGACUAUGCUGAGCCUACUUGUCACAGCCAUACUAGUCAAAUCAGCACUGUGCUCAGCCCCAAGUGGGCCAUGGGAUCCCUUCAACCUGGCGCCGGAGUCUAGAACGGUGUAUGCUCUUGCAAUUCACGGAGUCAAUGGCACGGUGUUGGAUGCCAGUAAUUUGGUGGGUGAAAAAGGUGGGUGUGCAAUUUUGGCUGGGGAUGGGUCCUAUGUAACAUUGGACUUUGGGUACGAGGUAGGAGGUCUGAUUUCACUCAACGUCGAUGAGACCUCGGAAGCAUCUUCCCUCGCCCUAUCGUUCACGGAGUCUCCGCUCUACAUCAGCCCACUGACGUCCGAUGACUCCGCGGCACAAUCCGCAAACAUGUCAUACGAUGGUGUACUCUAUCUGCCCACACCCCUCAAAAUCGCGUAUUGGACCAUGCCGCCUGCACGCCUGAGAGGAGGCUUUCGCUAUCUGACAAUCGUAUCUAAAUCGGUUAGCUCAGUUACUGUCUCCAAUGUUUCUCUGGCUAUUACGUUCUCGCCCCAUGUGGAGGACUUGAGGGAUUACAUGGGUUACUUUUACACGGAAGAUCCAACAUACUUCGAUGCAGACUUUUUGACAAAGUUAUGGUACUCGGGCGCAUAUACCGUGCAGGCAGCAACCGUUGCUGUAGAUACAGGAAGGCAGGAUCCCCCUGUGCAAUCUCCAGGUUGGGCAAAUAACGCAACUGCAGGAAUAGCUGGUCCCAUAAUUGUUGAUGGCGCAAAGCGCGGCCGUGCUGUAUGGUCGGCUGAUCUUGGUCUUGCGGUGUCGACUCAGUUUGUAUCUACCAAUGAUCUCGUCCCCACACGAAACGCCAUCUCAACUCUUUUCAAUGAGCAAAACCCAGUAACAGGAGAAUUACCUUACUCCGGACCGCCAUUGAGCGAACAGGGGAGCGAUACGUAUCAGGCAUGGACCUUAAUCGGAACUUACAAUUACUAUCUUUACUCUGGCGACUAUGCUUGGCUGGAGGAGAUCUGGAGUAAUUUUACCAAGGCCAUGCAGUAUCUCGAGAACAAGGUCGAUGAUACGGGUUUACUCAACGUUACUGCUACUGGUGAUUGGGGAAGGCUCUGGCAAGGGGGGUUAAAUUCAGAAGCCAACGCGAUAUUCUACAGGGCAUUAUUGAAUAGCGCCGAGAUCGCGACCUAUAUGAAUGAUAGUACAUUAGCUGCUACUUAUAUCUCAAAGGCGACCACUCUCAAGACACAGUUCAACAAGGCGUUCUGGCUGUCCGAUGAGGGCAUGUAUCGGGAUAAUACGACUUCGACGUUGUGUCCGCAAGAUGCUAACUCCCUUGCGGUAUUAUUCAAUCUCACGAUGUCCGCUGAGCAGGCAUCCUCUGUGAGUGCUGGGCUUACCAGGUACUGGAAUGCGUAUGGGGCCGUGUCUCCAGAGUUACCCGACAAUAUCGCACCAUUUAUCGGUGCGAUGGAGCUGCAAGCACAUUUUGUGUCCGGAAACGAUGCGCGUGCAAUGGAUCUCCUCCACCUCGAGUGGGGAUACAUGCUAUACACGCCCAUCAGCGUGCAAUCCACGCUGCUCGAAGGGUACACUUCCAAUGGAUCACUCUACUAUCGUUCGUAUGACGGGUACAAUUACGACGCGUCUUUCACCAGCCACUCGCAUGGAUGGAGCACAGGCCCGACGUCCGCGCUGACAUUUUAUGUCCUUGGACUCACUGUUACUUCUCCCAUGGGUCAGACGUGGGCUGUUGCGCCACAUACGUCCGGCUUGUCCUUCGCCCAGGGCGGAUUUGAGACGCCACUAGGCUGGUUCGGCGUGGAAUGGUCAUUGGAUGGCGCUAACUUUACAAUUUUACUGGAAAUGCCGAAGGGCACAAACGGUGUGGUGACUGUGCCGAUUCAAGGGAGCGUGAGCUUGGAUGGGCAGAAAGUUGAUGUAGAGGGAGAUAUUCUGGUGACCGGUGGCAACCAUACGAUAGUUGUUUACAAUUAA